CUCCUAAAGGCUAUUUGAAUCAACUUGAGAAGUUUCACCAAGUGUUCAGCUUCAAACAUGGGAUUUAAAAGUUUAAAUGACCUUAAGACAAGCCAGGAAACAUUAUUCCGUAAUAUUGUCCGUUCAGAUGGCUUCACUGCCGAUUUUCUUUUCGGUAAGAAAGGGAAAGCAAAAGAAGAGAAGACCAUCGAAAACCAUCGGUUGACUUUGGAGGACUUCGAUUUAGCCGAAAUUGAAGCUGUUUACAGGCCUUGCUUCAUUGAUCCCGGGAGAAAAGACGUCUUCACAGUAGCGAUCGGGCUGGACGAUGAAAAGCACCAAGUGCGAAGAUGUUCUACCAAAGACACCACGUACUCUGCAAGGCUAGAGAAGAAAAAAGCUGGUAAACUCAAGGGCAUCGAAAGUGAUAUACCAACUGCCAAGACAGGCUCCAAUGCCCGAUAUCGCUGUUAUGCAACAUACAUUCUACAGCACUUGGAAGACUUGUUUUCUUUCUACGAUGAUGGUACUGCCGAAGAUCGAUUCCAUUUGUACCAAGGACGGAAACGUGCUGCCGACAAAAUGGUAAACAUGCUUAUCAAUGGCAGUACAAAGUAUAAAUAUGGAUCUCAGAUUGAAGAAAGAAAAGAACAAAACAAGGUCUCCAAGAAGAAGAAUAAAGACAAGAUGGCUUUAUAA